AUGCUUGAGGGAAGCGUUUCGCUCAGCCUGGCUGGCACUGGGUCCUGUGGAUUCGCACAGGGGCUCGAUACACCCGGGACGCCCAGCAGAGAGCCGGGAGAUGCCAUCAAAGUAUGUGUUCGGGUACGCCCCCUCAGCAAGUCAGAGUUAGACAAUGGCGAGAAGAUGUGUGUGCGGAUCCUGCCGGAGAUGCCGUACUCGACAACAGUCAAUUUGACAAAUCCUGCGGACACCGGCCCUGCCGGAACGAGGGCGUUCUCCUUCGACCGGGCCUAUUGGUCUGCCAAAGAUGCAGAUUCCCACUAUGUGUCCCAGGCCAAGGGAAGUGGUUCACAGGUUGGGGUUGAGAAGGUCUGGCGCUGGCAGGAACACCUCAUGGAUGAUUUGGGCCACGAGCUGCGCAGCAACGUGCCACGUGACUGCAGGUACAAGAGAGAAAUGCCUGUAGUGGAUAUGUACUGGAACCUGAGUACCUUGCAAGCCCGGGCACUGGCGGAGUGUUACCCGGGGAGUGGGUUUCUUCUUCCCUAA